GUGGAACGUUUUCUACUUCUUCUAGCACCACGGAAGAUGGGGAGCGUCCUCCGAUACUUUUUCAAGAAUGUACUGCUACCCGAUGUGGAGCAUCUUCUGCGUCUUCUAGCACCACCGAAGACAAACGUCGUCAUUCUCACAUCCCAGCAGUGUCUGAUUAGCGGCAUUCGGGAAGAACAGCAGCAUGACUCGCAUGACCCACAUCCUUUGCCCCCACAUACUUCUGAUCUGCUGUGGUUGGGUUUUGGAAAUCAAUCUUCUUCUUCUUCUAUUUUUUCACGGAUUAAAACUAAUAGCGUCUCCAUCUUCUACUUCUCACAAUGCUAAAGAUGAGAAACUAUAUCUUCCACAUCUAGGACUACUGAACAAGAGCAGAGGAGGAGCAGGAGCUUCUACUUCUACCCCUUGUGAGGUGGUGGAUAAAAAUCUUCAUUUUACUACUUCUCACGAUCAUGCUCCUGAAGAAAGUGAGCCCCUUUCAGUGUUGUAACCUUGCUGCUGCACACCUUCUUCUUCUAGUACUACUAAAGACCACGAGGAAAGUCUUCUACUUCUGCCACUGCCGGAGGCGAAGAGCAUCCUCUGGCACUUCUUCUAGCACUACUGAAGACGGGAGCGCGGCGUCCUCUUCGUAUAUAAUUUUUCAAGAGCUGGCAGCUGUUGUCGUGGAACGUUUUCUACUUCUUCUAGCACCACGGAAGAUGGGGAGCGUCCUCCGAUACUUUUUCAAGAAUGUACUGCUACCCGAUGUGGAGCAUCUUCUGCGUCUUCUAGCACCACCGAAGACAAACGUCGUCAUUUUCACAUCCCAACAGUGUCUGAUUAGCGGCAUUCGGCAAGAACAGCAGCAUGACUCGCAUGACCCACAUCCAAAAAACAGGUGGAAGCAGAAGGUAAACCGCAGGUGGAAGCAAAACCUAGAUUGAUUGGUCCUCUGUCUCCAUCCUAAAAAUCGUCUUUCAUUGUCUGGAACCUCGAUUCACCGAUGCCACUUAUCUUGAUAGCUGAAGAUUCUUCCACCGUGACUGCAUUGAAUGACGUCCAGUAGACUUUCAAAUUGAUGCAAUCAUGCUGAGCCGCGUAGAGGGUUUCGAGUUUCUCUGAGAUGCAAAUCACACAACUGACUUUGCGGCUCAUGAUCACAUGGUAGUCUUUGUUCUGGUCUCAU